AUGCGAAACAAGUCUGUGUCGGCGUCGCUGCAGAAGACGUACGACGAGUGCUAUCUGGUUUGCUCCACGGCCGUGUAUUUUGAGAGCCAGGGAAACGAAGCUGAGGCCCUCCGAUCGUGGCGCACCGCACUCGACCAGAUCUACUACCACAAUGCCUACCGUGUGCCCGCGAACUACGUCCCCAAAUCCGAGACGGACAAGGCCCUGAAAGACAGCCUGCGUGACAUGGAGAUGCAGUGCAAAGAACGGGUUGAUCUGUUGGAAGCACUGCGAGCCUCGCGAUUAGAGAAGGCUACUACGGAGAUGUCCAUGGAACCAAGCAACGGGAAGAUCCAGAAACAAACGCCUAGAAAAUCUUCUGACACAAACCGCGAGAACAAUGAAAGGGGAUUUAUUGGCGGUGGAUCGAUUCCUGCUAUAAACUAUGCCGGCAUCUCUAAACCCCCCCCGCUACCCCAGAGACCAGGUUUGACCGCGAAACAUAGUUCGGAGAUUGCGGUUGUAGGAAGCAAGUCGCCUAGUUACCCAAAUUAUAUGUCUCCGAGAGAAGGAAUGGGGAGCUCGUCGGGGAUGUUGGCGCCACCUACGAAGAAACCGUCGAGGAGUCCCAGCCCUGAUAGGUCGAGGAAGAUGUUGCACACGCUGAGAUCAUCUGACCGACCAGGGAAGAAGCCCAGCCCUAAACGGUCUACGACCUCAGGAUCACGGAUAGAAAAUACUGUUACGAACAAAGCGGCUACUUUAGCAUGGCAAGCAUUAGGGAAAGGUAACAAAGACAAAGUUGGACGGAGCUUGGACAAGGAUGUUAAUACUAGCUCUGCCACGCUCCCGGAUCUGAGUCGGAAAGAUAGUAUAGGUGAUCCUGCCUUAGGAAGAACGGGAUCGAACAAUGUCCGUUAUGAUAGCAAGACACGAAGUUUGGUCCCUGAUCACCGGAAACCCCCCAGCCCGAAAGACUUAUUAACCGGGGAUCCCGAACUAUUUAGAGCUACACGCCGUUCAAAUGGAUAUCCAUUUCCACCCACAGAUCCAGGACAGCCUGGUGCUGUUUCUGGGUCAAUGCUCAAGCCUUCUGCUGUUCAUGAUCUUAUUGAUCUUGAGCCUCCUUCUGCCCCUGAGUCUAGCGCCCCACGACGUAGAAGAACCCCGCCUGCUCCACCAACCCGUCCAAAACCACCUCCAAAGCUUGAGGCCGUUCACUAUCCUGCAUAUCUUGAAGAAUAUCCGGAAACGACAGCUAAGAGGACUAAGGCUGAAGGUGAAAUGCUUCGGAACGCUGCAGCGAAAGAAGCUACCCAGAACAGAAGUCCUCCUACAGCGUCUAGGAAGCUGGUACCUCCCGCCGCUCCGCCGUCUAGACUCCGUGAUCGUCGAGAGGAAUCUCGACCUACAGAACGAACAGGUGCCAAGAAAGUGAAGAAAGAAGAUGCAUCCUCUUACAGUAUGGAUGAUGAUACAGUUAGUAGCAGUGAUAAGGCAUCAGGAACCGAAAAGAAGCGCAGGCAAAAGCAGAGAGAGAGCCCUAUCCUCGAGGAUCCCGUAACACCAACUUCAGACGACGAUUCAGACGAGGAAGAAUCGGAUCAUGGGAACCGCGCUUGGGAAGAAAAGGUCGCAUACUUAAUGAAGAAUCUGCCGAAAGGGGUGGAUCCAACCGCCGCGAAACAGAUUUUCAAUGAGAUUGUAGUCCAUGGAGAUGAAGUGCAUUGGGAUGAUGUUGCAGGAUUAGAUAUUGCGAAGAAUGCAUUGAAAGAGGCUGUUGUGUACCCCUUCCUCCGCCCAGAUCUCUUUAUGGGUCUGCGCGAACCAGCUCGUGGUAUGCUCCUAUUUGGGCCCCCAGGAACAGGCAAGACGAUGCUCGCUAGGGCUGUGGCUACAGAGUCUAAAUCGACAUUCUUCUCUAUAUCUGCAAGCAGUCUCACAAGCAAGUAUCUAGGCGAAUCCGAGAAACUCGUCCGCGCCCUCUUCACACUAGCCAAAUCCCUAGCGCCAAGUAUCAUUUUCGUUGACGAAAUCGACUCCCUCCUCUCCUCGCGCUCUGGAAGUGGAGAGCAUGAAGCAACAAGACGUAUCAAGACGGAAUUCCUCAUCCAGUGGAGCGACCUGCAGCGAGCAGCAGCCGGCCGAGAGCAGACCGAAAAGGAAAAGGAGAAGGGUGAUCCCAGUCGGGUCCUUGUCCUUGCGGCGACAAAUUUACCGUGGGCUAUUGAUGAGGCUGCGAGGAGAAGAUUUGUCCGAAGACAAUAUAUCCCCUUGCCUGAGGGCGAGACUAGGGCGACGCAGUUGAGGACUUUGCUGGGUCACCAGAAACACAGUCUUAAUGCCGAUGAUAUCCAGACGUUGGUGGAGCUAACUGAUGGCUUCUCCGGCUCCGAUAUCACGGCUCUGGCAAAAGAUGCAGCAAUGGGUCCUCUUCGCUCGCUGGGUGAAGCUCUCCUUCAUAUGUCCAUGGAUCAGAUUCGUCCUAUUCAAUUCAAGGACUUUCAGGCUAGUCUAAUUAACAUUCGGCCAAGUGUUAGUAAGCAGGGUCUGAAGCAGUUCGAGGAUUGGGCGAAGGAGUUUGGUGAGCGUGGGGGUUAG